AUGUCCGAACGCACCAGCUACGUUUAUCUGGGUCGGGAAUUGAACAUGAAGAACGACCUGACUCCCGAGCUGGGCAAGAGGAGACUAGCGGCUUGGGGAGCGUAUAAGAGCAUCGAAGAUGUGGUGAAGAAGACCAGGAACACCCGGCUCCGUGUUUACCUCUUCAACACCACCGUAAUUCCUGCUUUGACCUAUGCUUCGGAAAUCUGGGCAUUUCGCAAGCGGGAAGAAAACGCGGUGAGCGUCACUGAACGCGCUAUUGAGAGAGUGAUGCUAGAAGUAUCCCGUUUCACGCAAAUGAGGGACGGAAUUCGAAGUUCUCUCCUAUGUCAGCGAUUGAAGAUUAGAGACACCGUCGCAUUUGCCAAGGAAAGUAAAAUAAAGUGGUCCGGACACGUGAUGCGCUUAAGCGACAACCGUUGGCCCAGAGCCGUGAGCGACUGGGUUUCCCGCGAUAUUAAGCGCACUCCAGGAAGACAGUCGACCCGAUUGUAA